CGCCACAGCUCAGUACCGAAGUCGAGCUGACAGCGUUCGGUCGCGAUGCUAUCAACGAUCGAAAACGAAUAAACCAAAUAAUUCUAAAUUCAAAUUUAAUCAUUCGAAUGUUUUUAUACAAUUUAAAUUUAGAAUAAAUAUUAUACGAGGAUGUAAUGAGUUUUUAUAGUGUUCAAAGGAAUGUGGCAUCAGUGUAAAUGCACAUAAGGACGUGUGUUGUGUGAAUCUCGUUUUAUAUUGUGAGUGUUUAAAAAUAAAUUUUUAAAAGACUGAAAAUGUGGAGUAUUCUUCUCAUAGCCGCUCUAUUCGCGACUGCGCGCUCCAAGCAAAUACCACCACACACCGAACUGGCCACGACGACUGUCGCUACAGCAACCGAGCUAUCAGAAUGGCCGGCGGCUCUCGCGCCUCUGGACACCUUGACGGUCACUUGCGAGAAAGAGAACAUGCAUGUCACCAUCUCGCUCGCACACACACGACAUCCCAACAGUAUUUACGAUACUUUUAACGGUAUCGUGUACCCCGCGGGUCUUGGCAGUAACUCGACGUGUCUGAGAGAGUACGUCUCAGCCAGGGGCGACCUUCAGUACACACUCCCCCUCAAAGGAUGUAACACAAUGAGCACAGAUAAUGAUGAUGGUACUGUGGAGUAUCACAACAACAUCAUAGUUCAGCCUCACCUUCGCUUGGUGACCGGCCAGGGUCGAGGGUACCACGUCAGGUGUAGGUAUCGUCGGAGAGACCUCACCCUGUACCACCUACAUAGACCUCAUGCCGACAGAUACAUCGGCUCCAGCAACGAUUAUAACAGUGACGAGUACGACGAGGACUCAGGCCUGCUCCCAUCAGUCACCAUGAAGAUAUACAAAGGAGACCCCGAAGAUAAAGAGGUGGCGUCUAAUGUGAAGAUCGGUGACACUCUGACGUUAGUUGUGUCUCUUGAGAAACAGCGGCAGUAUGGUCUACUGGUGUCAGAGUGUACCGUCCGUGAUGGACUGGGCUGGGCGGAACAGAGCCUCAUAGCUGACGACGGGUGCCCUCUCGACGGGGAGAUCAUGGGUCUGUUCCAGUAUUCGAGUGAGAAGCAGGAGGCGAAGGUCUCAUUCCCCGCACACAAAUUCCCUUACACUGCCAGCGUGUACUACACGUGUGAAGUGAAGCUUUGCGACCUCAACCAUCCCACUGACUGUGAGCCGUGCAGUCACAAGCGGCGUGUCCGUCGCCAGUCUGACGAGUCCCCGGCCACCGUGGAGGUGUUCUCGGGCCUGUAUGUCAACGAGGCCGACUCCCCCGACAAUGACGUCACCAGCGAAAAGAAAGAGGACGAGAUAUGCAUAUCACAGAAGAACUUCGCGAUUGGUAUCUGUAUAGCGGGAGUCAUCCUCAUGAUAUGCGUGAUCGCUGCCAUAGCGUUCAUACUCGCCAGACGAAGGAAUCCCAAGACCUACUCCAGGACCGGCAGCUCACUAUACAGCGGCCCUUACACAAACACUGGAUAUUCACACACUAGUUAAACAAAAACAAACUAUGUGCCCUCUACAAAAUAUAUACAUGUGCCAAUAGUGCUGCCUGCAUUACAAUCAAAAUAUAAAAUCGUUCAUUGGAAUACAACGAAAUUUUAUGUAAAAUUUAUAUCAGUUUGUAAAUAUUUAUCUUUGUGACAUUUAAGUGGUUUUUUUUUCUUUUUGACGUUUCAAGCGCGGUCUGUCAUUCGUAUUUUCUUUUAAAGAAUGUAGUGUUCAGAAACACAUUCAGUCAAUUUUAGUUAAGUUCUACCAAUAAAUUAAUAUUAGUUAUACCAGGAAUAUAUAAUUAAUUUUAUAUUAAUAUGUGAUAAUUCGUGCAUUAUUGUCUCCGUCCAUAUAUUUUUAAGUUUAUUUUAAAUGGAAGGUUGCCUUGCGUUACGUAAUAACAGAAACACGGUUGUUCUAAUUCUAUAUAAAAUGGCCGUGUUUAUGUGAUCUAAUUAAUAUUAAUUUUCAUAUAUAAACCCACGAGAGUAAUUAUUUACUUAAUAACAAAUAUAAAUAUAAUUAUAUAUGAACUAACAAAAAUAUGGUAUUCGAUGAUGUUUAUUGGAAAAAAUGACAGCUAUAUAAGAUUUUCGAGGGUUUUUUAUAGUUUUCGGUGGCGGGAAAUAGGUCUGUGGUAAAAUCCGUCAUACAGUAGAAGCUUAGUAUGAAAAUACAUAUUAUGGAGAAAUAUUUUUGUCUAGAUUACAUUCGCACGAUGCCAUAUAUUUUUGAAUAAGCGUUUUAAACAAUCCGUCCGAUAUAGGUGCUAUUAUGAUUAGCCUAAACGCUUCUUCGCUUCCUAUAAUGUAACAACGAAUUUGAUAUGCGUUUCAUACUACUCCAUUGAUUAUUGUUUACUAAUUUACCUAUUUCUUAGUUGCAAUGGAGUUCUGGAACCAUAUCGAGAGUGAACCUUACAAGGUUGAGUAUGUACGAUUUAUAUUUUAAUUUUUUAACAAAUAUACUGACUUGAAAAACAA